AUGGUUGAAAGUAUAGACGUGAAUAACAGGCAGGAGAUUUUGGUCGAUCCAUCUUUUUCACUCCUAAACUCAUUUAUAUCCUCAGUUGACCAUUUGCCCUGCGAUAUUAUCCGCUCUCUUUGGCUAGUCCAAACAUGCAAUUUGAAGAUUGACAAGUUGAGACAAGGACUCAAUGAUAUCUUACACAAAUACCAAACAGAUGGAUACCUUAAAGAUGCUGAGCUUGCCACGGUAUAUGAAUUGCAAAAUCAAAUCAAAUGGUUGAGCAAAGAAGCUGUGCUGGAGAGCAAGGCUCUAAACUGUCAAUUGAUCACGCACAAAUUGUACUUGCAAGAGGAGAUAAACCAGCUUCAUAAUCUCAAAAAUAUUGAACAAUACAACAGCAUUAAUGAUAGGCAUGCAAUGGAGUUAUUGCGAAAGCAAUUGAAAGCACAUUAUAGAGAGAAUCCAUUGAGAUCGCAAGUAGAGGCACUCGCACAACAACAAGAACAACUGCAACAACUGUUAACAAAACAACUGCAACAACUGUUACCAACACAACUGCAACAACUGUUAACAAAACAACUGCAACUGGAAAAGAAGAGUGACCAGACCUCAAUCAAAAAGGAAUCAUCAGGCCUUAAAUUGAUUUUACGAAUACCCAAGCACGACAAACUCGAUAAAAAAGAUGAUCGUGACAUUAAAGAAGUAUCACAGAAUAAUCGCCCAAAACUAGGACGACCGAAAUUAAAGACAACGAUAACGCCUGUCCAGAAACCAAACAAGAUAGUGAAGCCUGGAGAAAAGGCUAAAGACACUAGGGCUGCUGAGUUCAAGAAAGGAAACAAGAAAAAGAUUACAACACAAAUUCCUGCAAUAAAUGAAAAUAAUUUGAAAAUAAUCGUGUCACAGAAUGCUGUUGAAAAAGACGAAGAGGAUAAACGGUAUUGCUUCUGCAAUCAGCCCUCCUUGGGUGAUAUGAUAGCCUGUGAUAACGAGGACUCGUGUCCCAAUGGAGAGUGGUUUCAUUACAAGUGUGUCGGCUUGCUUAAUAGGGUUGAUGCUAUGAAAUAUACUACAGGAAAAGAGCAGUGGUUUUGUUCAGAAAAAUGCAGAGAGGUGGUAGAAUCGAAAACUACUACAAAGGAAGAGCAAAAAAAACGCAAGAGAAGGAAAAAAUGGUGA